AACACGAAAUCAAUUAUCCUCCUCCUCCCUCCUCACACCCUUCAUGUAUAAGUGCAGUGAGAAGUCUACGGGGAGAGCGCCCCGCCCGAUCUGCCGCAGGAACCAUGGAAGCCAUCUGCUGCCUCCCGGCCUCCCUCCCAUGCAUUAGGCCCCGCCACCGCACCAGGAUCCUUGGCCUUGCCCCCCUUGUCCGCCUCCCCCUUGCGCGGUCGACGGUCCGCCAUCUCGGCGUAUCUCUCUCCCAUGUUCCGCUGGAGGAGGAUCACGGAGGACGAGAUUGGGGCGCCAUCUACUUCGAAGUCGCCACCACUGCAAGAGGCAGCGGCCGAAGGGUGGUCACGAUGAUGGCGAACGGCGGAGGCAGCCCGGGGAAUGGUGCGGCUCAACGCCCUACCGUCAUGCAGACGACCCUCGAUUUCUUGCGAGCAACCUUAUCUCCCAUGGAUUACUCAACCAGGCAAGAGGUGGUACAAAGGAUGAAGGUUGUAUUAUCCAAGAUUUACGAUGAAGUACUGGAUGACCCUACCAAGAAAGAGAAGGCAGCAACCAUGAAUAUCUUUGGAUCAGAGCACCUAUACGAGAUACGACUCUCCUUAACACAAAUAUUCAUCGCUCUGAAAGACUACGUCAUGGCUAAAGAAGUAUGCACGGUGGCUCUCGCUAAAAUGUCUGGAAAUGAUGCAAGGCCGCGGCUUCUCAUGGCGAUCAUUAACAUGAUGUUGAUGGUGGAUAACUUGCUGUGGACAACCAAAGGCUUCGAUGAUCCGGCGAUGGAGAAGUUGAUGAGUGAUGCUGCGGAGCAUUGGAAAGAGUACAAAAAAUUAGAAAGUAUGGGCCUCGGAUCAGAACCACCUGCAACCCAAUGACGUACCGUGACUCGCUACCACCACCUGUGGGCAAGUCUAAAUAAGCUUCCGUUCUUUUGUUUAGUGUCUAUGUCUCAUCAUCUCGAGGAAGGAAAUAUAUAUAUAUAUAUAUAUAUUGUAUAUCUGAUUCUCCAUUCAAUCAUUAAAAGCAGGUACUAAAUGUUAAAAUUGAA